AUACAUUUUUAAAUAUAUUUUUUAGUGGUAGUUAGCUUUCACUGUUUUAAGUCAGCGGAAUGUUAUCGUCCUUAUAUUAACUCCUGCUUGACUUUGUUUGUAAUUAUGAAAACAUGGCAGAAGAUUCCUGUACGUUACACGAAUGUGUAUUUACAGGAGAUGUAAGGAAACUGUCAGCUCUGUUACGAACAAAUGACGUUUCUAAAAAAGAUAAGCAUGGGAACACAGCAUUGCACUUGGCAGUUAUGCUGGGAAGGAAAGAGUGCGUGCAUCUGCUGUUGGCGCACGGAGCCCCGGUCAAAGUGAAGAACCUCGCUGGGUGGAGCCCCCUUGCGGAGGCGAUCAGCUAUGGCGAUCGCCAGACAAUCUCGUCGCUGGUGCGCAAGCUGAAGCAGCAGGCGCGGGAGCAGAUGGAGGAGCGGAGGCCGAACCUGGUGGCCGCCCUCAACCAGAUGGGGGACUUCUACAUGGAGCUCAAGUGGGACUUCCAGAGCUGGGUCCCGCUGGUGUCUCGUAUCCUACCGUCCGACAUCUGCAGGAUACACAAGCGUGGUUCCUCUAUCCGCUUGGACACCACGCUGGUCGACUUCAACGACAUGCGGUGGGAGCGCGGGGACAUCAGCUUCCUGUUCAUGGGCGAUCGCAAGCCCAACCAGUCGUUGAUCGUGCUCGACAACAAAGCUCAGCUCUACCAGCGAGUGCGAUACGAGGAAACGGAAAUGGAGAUUGAAGAUGAAGUGGACAUUUUAAUGAGUAGCGACAUAAUGGCUGCCCAAAUGUCCACCAAGUCCAUCACCUUCACCCGGGCCCAGACUGGUUGGAUAUUCCGUGAGGAUAGAAAGGAAAUGGUGGGGCCGUUCCAGGCGGACUUCUAUGUGAUAAACGGCAUGGUUCUGGAGUCGCGCAAGAGGCGGGAACAUCUCUCGGAGGAGGACCUGCAGAAGAACAAGGCGAUAAUGGAGAGCUUCACCAAGGGCAGCACGCAGGGGUUCGACAACAACGGCGAGCCGGUGAGGCGGCAGUCGCUGACCCCGCCUCCGGAGAGCCGGGUGUCGUGGCAGGAGUACCUGGCGGCGGAGCCCGGGGGCCAUGCCCCGCUGGGCCGCGGCAUGGUGUACAAGGAGACCAGCAAGGGCUUCAAGGCCACCGUGGCGAUGAGCCCUGACUUCCCGUUAUCUGUCGACAUGCUGCUCAAUGUGCUGGAGGUGAUCGCCCCUUUCAAGCACUUCAGCAAACUGCGUGAGUUCGUCCAGAUGAAGCUACCUCCAGGUUUCCCCGUUAAAAUAGAUAUUCCUAUCCUGCCGACUGUAACGGCCAAGAUCACAUUCCAGGAGUUUGCGUUCCGAAAUGAUAUCAAACCGGAACUUUUCGAGAUACCAGCAAACUACGUAGAAGACCCCACAAGGUUUCCAGACUUAUGACGAUUCGACCACGUGAUGCUGGUCGAGAUAGGCUACCGCUGCCCGCCGGCGCGGGGCGCCGGCAGCUGGCACGGCAAGGUGCGGCCGUGCCUCGCCCUCCUCGCCAGCCCCCCGCGGAGCGGGCGCGGCGGGGGCCGCCGCCACAAGGGCUCCGCCCCCCAGCUGGUCGCGCUGGAGUUCCCCCUCACCCUCCACCUGGGCAGCAUCUACUCCAGCCACUGCGUGCUGUACCUCGACGCCAACCCGCCCCCUUGAUGGCGGCACGGCCUCUUGCGCGGCCGCUGGCCCGCGUGAUGCUCCGUGCUGGCGUGCUGACGGCCUCUCCUCACCCAGACUCCUAACUUAAACUGAACGGCUUUAUUUACAUUGUAAAGACAAUCCUGGAGAUUUCUUUAAGUGGCUGGGCCAUUGCCCACUUUUGCUUUGCAUGGCACACAAUCUUCUAAAGUUACUACAAAAGAAUUAUAUAUACGUAUAUAAAUUAAUCAUUUUUUUAUAAUAAAUAAAAUUAUAAUCCAUCAUUGCAGCCUGAGCAAGUUGGAAUGAAAUAUCAAGCAACCAAAUAAAUUUGCCACAAAAGUAUCAGUACAUUAAGUAUAAACAGUUAUAUUAUUCUGCAUACUUUUUAAAGUACACGCUCACAAGACACUGAAAUAAUCGUUUAAUUUAAAAAUUUUUUUCAAUAUAAUGCAAGUCAAAUAUUCAGACAGAAUAAACCACGAAACAACCGUUACUCAUAUAUCCGUGCAAAUAACUGCAACCGCACACUAUUAGUCAUGAUUAACCCUUCUUGAUCACCUUCAAAAUUUUAAAAAUAAUCAAUUCAAACAUGCUUAUUUUUCCAUUGGGGCUUUAUAAAAACAGUGGCAUUUAUUUCCUGUGUUCGUCAGUUUGUGUAAUUACAGAAAAACAUGAAAUACAGUGAAACCUCGAUUCUACGUACACUCACGGUUCUCCAAAAUUUGUCCUUACGACCGAGUUGUACGUACGAACCAGCGAGGUCAAAUUACGACCAUUUGUGGCUAUCCACCCCCCCCCCCCCCCUUCAUUUUUCCCACAGCUGCUGCGGGAAAUGAAUUGCCGUUGCCAUGUCCUGCUGCCACGGGAAAUGACCUGCCGUUUCUAUAUAUUAUACUGAUGUAAUUUCGAUCGAAAUUUUAUCCUAUUCGUGCAGAAACAACACUUGUGCUAAUCAAACGUAAAAAUAAAAAAAAAACUCAACACUGAAGGCAGUGUCGUAAGCCCCGUGUUUACAUUUUUUUUAUAUUUUAUAUCAAUAAAAUAAUAAUUAACACACAAUAUAUUUGCUCAAAUAAAAAAAAUACCGUGGGUACUUUAAGUGUAGAUAAGAUUAGCUAGUAGACCUAAAAACAUAGUGAAAAACGUAACGUUUAUAAUCGGCAAUGAACAUUUUAAAUCGCAAAAUAUACCUAUUUUAUAACAUGAAAAGUUGCUUUUAUUUCUAAACAUGUAAUAAUUUAAGCCUAGGCGUGUAAAAGUCCGAUUAAUUAUAGCAGGAGACAAUCUAAAAUGCACGAGGGAAAAACGUAAACUCACGAAUAUAUAAACGUAAUGGGAAUGUCGGGAAUAUUACGUGGCUGCUGGUAAGUUCUGAUACUGUUUUUAUGUCACAACUUAGCCGAAAUACUGGUACGAGACAUAAACUUCACAAGAUAAAAUGAGCAGACUCUUGGUAACUGUUUUAUACGUAUUUUAUAAUUUCGGAAGUAUUGUACAGUUGAUGCAUAUUUUUUAAACUAACCAUUUAUUUCUGGGGAUCGUAAAUAAUUAAUUAUUGGUAUCAAGAAAUCAAGAUGAACGUAAACUUGAACAUGUCAAGGCAGCGAGAAAACUGGUGCGUAUACCAAUAAACUGGUAUUAGAUCUGGACAAAACUGGUACACGGGAGGUGGAGCUUAUUUUUUUUCCGCUAAGCUCGCAUCUAUUGGCUGGCUGCUGAUGGAAGGUCACGAGUCUGGGCGGAGCGUUGAGUGAGUUAUACUGCGCAUGCGCAGCUCAGCGAACAAAGAGAGCCAGCAGGCGGCUACGCCGCGCCGUAACAGCAUCUGACCGAGUACAAUGACCUUUCUCCGCGUACAGCGUGCUAUUGACGGUAAAUUUCCAUCAAUUUGCAGCCAUUUUUUUUUUUAAAUUUUUUACUGUGACACAUUUUGUAUGUAGCAUGUAUUUGUUAUAAACGCUGCAGGUUGAGACUGUAUUUUAAUAAACUUUAACGUAUUUCUUACAUUUUUCAUAUUUUUUAAACUUUUUUUUAAAUUAUAUGCCUCAUUUUUCACGGUUUCUGAAAAUCUGUACAUACGACCGAGGUGUACGUACGAACCGGGGGCCGUACAAGCGAGGUUUUACUGUACUUAUUUUUAUUAAUGCUACCCGUGAAGGCCCCCAUAUAUGAUCAGUCCGAACUACUGUGUAUGGGAACAGCAAUUCGCCAGUCCAAACAAUCAGUCCAUCAACUGAGUGUAGAAGCAGACAUCUUAGUUUGUAAUUAGGCCUGUGCGUAUAUUCAAAUUCCGAUCUGAAUAAUAAACUACAGUAGAACCCUGUUAUAACGAAUCUGAAGGGAGUAGUUUAUAUGUUCACUAUAGAGGGGAAACUUUAUAUCUGGGAAAACUUUUAUAUUGGCAAUACAUACUCAAAAGCAAAAUCUUAACUACACAUAGGCCUAAGCCAUGAAAAGAACGAAUGAAAAUACUCAAAGCAACAGUUUUAUGAGCAAAUGCAGAUAAUAUUUUUAAUGAACACUUUCUAUUACCUAAUGGUUCUUGGAAAUCGGCGUAUUAUCCUUUUUUCGGGCAUUUAAUACUCUGUGACGUUAUCGCAGCUUGAGAAAGAUUGUUCAGCUUGUUUAAUAUUGUACUUAAUGUGGAUGUUGCAAUUCCCAGUUCCUUUGCUAUUAACACGUGCGGGACAGUGGGGUUGGAGUCUCCCUUUUCAAUAAUGUCCAGUUUAUCUCGCACAGAUAAUGCCUUACGUUUUUUAACACGUUUUUCACCUUUUUUAUGUACGUAUUUCUUAUUGAAGCACAUUUGCAGCUUAAUAACACGUAAUUAUUUUUACCGUCAAAAGUAAAUAAACGAAAAAUAACGAGUCUGGUGCAUCAAAGAUUACAACGUAUCAUUUAGUAUCGCAGUUGCUAAAGCUGGAACGAAAUUUUCCCACUUUCUAUGGAAAAAUUUUGUCCACAGAGUUCUAUCUAGUGGUAGUCUUACGAACCUUACCCGAUCAAAAUGUCCGAAACGUGAACGAUAAAAAUGAGACGUAAAAAUAUUGAAUUUGCUGCUAUAAUGUACAUACGUAUUUGUGUGGCGGUAAUUUAUUUAUAAUUUUGAUAACAUAAUAAAUGUACACGUGUUCGCCCAUUCUUUAACUAUGCAGGGAAAACUAUUUUUUAUUUUCACCAAACUGAUCACCAUUUUUGGCUACACGUAGCCUACCGAGGCCACUCGAAUACGACUUGUUUAUAAUAUGAACAGUGGACAAUCGAGUAGCGUAUUGCUGAGAAAAACUUCAAUGUGAUCCAGAAGAGAUGUUUUGUGAAAAAACUUUUAAUUAUAUGAAAAUAUUUGAGAUAAAUGUGCAUUAUGUCGGCAAAAUUUGUUCGUGGUACACGGGAAAACGUAUCAACAUUGACAAAAGUUGUGCGCUAUAUACAAUAAAUUAAUACAUAACCUCAAAUCAUUUUGCCGGGACUGAGACGGAAAUUCACAAUAAACGGGAAUUCAUUAUAGGCGGGUUCACUAUAAACGGGUUCUACUGUAUUUGAUUCGACCUCAAACACUAACACUUCGAAAUAACGAAUAUUUGUUUGCAUACGACUACUUGUCAUAGUAUACCUCGUGAGUUUGUCAUGUACCAAUGUUCACUGGUGAGACUGUCAUUUGUGUGCCUUUUUUGAUUGUUAAUGGGACGUCAGAAUCAAAAACAUGAACAAUAAGUGACUUUUAAUCAUGCAACAAAAAUUAAAAGUUUUUUUCGCUACUGUCUCGCUAAAUAGUAACUGAAAUAAUCGCAUAAACAGUUAAAACACUGCAUUUUUGUCACAUUUCAAACGUGAAACCAAAACAAAAAAAAAUUAUUUGUAUUCUUUUCAUCACAUGCACUACAAGUGGGUAAAAAAUAAACAUCAACAACUAUGGACUACUACACCACAAAACACGUAUACUCCCAUUGAGAUAGACAUUAAAAGAAGUAGUAAUUGUCAUAGUAUUAAUGGCGUAUAAAUCGAUAGCCACAAUCAAUUUAACAUCAUGUGAUACAGUAGCAUCUUGCGAUAUAUAUCUAUGACGAAACAGACGUUGCAACACACAAGUGUAAAAAAAACAUAAAUAAUUGUUUAAAAUUACAAGUUAAAUUGAAAAGUUGUGUUUAUUUAUAAUAUUGCUGAACUAAAAUACCAAUUUCCUGAUGCCAGUCACUGAACACUCGGGAAUAACAAGAGUUUAAAUUAUGUAAAUACAAGCUUAUUCAAUCACUUUUUUGGGAAUACAGCAUUUAAAAAAAAAGAUUCAUGGUUUUUGUAAAAUAGAUUGCAAUGGAUUUCAUAAUAUUUCAUGAUUUGCGAAAAUUUUCUUGAAUAUGGCAGGUUGUUGAAAAUAAGGUGAAUAAGAACUGAAAUAAAAUGUUGGUUGGUUAUGUUAAUUUAUGUUAGCUGCAUGAUUAAAAAAAAACAUUUAUUUUAUAAUUUAAAUAUUUUAACAUACUUUUUCCAUAUAAUUAUUGAAGCUAACUUAACUUAACCAACCUUUUAUUUUUGUAUUAUUUGUAUAAUUUUCUAAAUUUUUACAUGACAUGAAAUUUUUUUUUUAGGGGGUUUCUUAUUCUCAUUGUUACUACCAAUUCAAAUUCAAUAUUUGUAUUUACGAAUAAUUUUAUAUUUUUCAAACUAAAAAAACUGAUGUUUGCUCAGGCCUAUAUAUAUAUAUAUAUAUAUAAUGUUUGGUUGUUUUUCUAUAUUUUUUAAUUUUUUAUAACUAAUAGUGCAACUGCAAUUGCAACAUCCAAAGUAUUCUUACAUAUUCUACAAUGAAAUUAUACAUUGAACAGCAGCAGUGGCCACAAGGCUCUUCGUGUGUGGGGCCUUUUAGACAUUAUGUACACUAGACCCCUAAUUUUACGAAUGCAGAUUUAACGAAGGUAAUGAUUUUACGACUACGUUCUCAAAAACCGUUGAAACAUCUGAAAAUUUGACACCAAUAAUACAUGAUCAGAAAAAAUUUGAAGGGAAAAAAAUUACAAUAAAAGCUUAUUAAAUUUGUUGUUAUUUUCUAAUGCACAACGUAGGUAUAUUUUGUGUGGGCUUUAAUAUUCUAAAUUAGGUUAAUUAGGCUUUAAUACUCUAAAUUGAAUUAUUUGAGUUAAAAUUAAUAAGAUUUUGCAGUACAAAUACGGUCUUGUACAGAGUUUCUUGUCGAUUUUGUCAAGCAGUGUGGUGUGCAGUCCCAGCAAACACAUGCUCCAUCGUACAGUAGUUGCAAUUGUUACAAGAUAGUUAUUUCCUGAUUAUUUACUUACAUUAAAACUGUCAAUUUGGGUUCUGAUUCAUUUGAUAAAUAAUUGUUUAUUAAGUUAACACCUUUACUUAAAACUUAGGUUUUUUCAGCAUUCCUGUAGGUACUAUGUUUCCCAGAAUCUUUAAGAGUUGAAAUAUCAAGAAAUCAAAGUUCAAUACAUAUCUGUUCCACUUGAUUUGCAAGAUAAAUUAAUGUGAAAAAUAAUUGUAAUACCUUCUAUGCUAUUUGUUAGGUGUGCACACCAAAUAAUUUUAUGUCUUCUUUGAACUGGAGUAUUUUAAAAAUAUUGUGAUUGUGGAAAUGCUAAUUGACGUGUCUACAAAUUUGUGUGAGUAGUAUCAAAAUGUCUUUAGUUUUCCGCUCUAAAGUUAUUUCCAGCAUUAAAUGUUCAUAUUCGUCAGAGAUUCAGUGUGCCGAUCCAUGCCAGCAUCAGCAUCGUGAGGUUAAUCAUUGCCAGCCUAUCUGUCAAAUCGUUGGACGUCUCUCAAUCACUGUACCUAUGUUAUACGAACAUUCUGUCGAGUGACUGUUGUUUAGAUUGAACAAUGCACCCAUGUUAUGAAUGCAGUGAGAUCGAACAUCGUUUCCAUCCAAUGGUAAGAAAAUGAUCAAGUUUCACUCCAGCACACUUGAAGCACCUUGUAAAGCAGCGAAGAUCACAUGUAAACUUGUUAUUUUCUAGGUUUUGGUUUCAUAACCACGCUGAAAAUGAGACAGUCAUCUUUUUUUGUUCUAAGAACGUGAUUUCUAGUGUUCCUUGAAUGGGAAUUGAGUGUACACUUUGUAGUUUUAUAUUACGUUACGUAUUACAGUUUUUUUUAAAUUUGUGUGAUGGUUGUUUUGACUUCAAAAGUUGACCAUUCAUGUUCUGUAUCCAUGACUUGAAAGUAUUUUGUUGUUGGUCUAUAAAUAUGCCAAAGAAAAUUGUGAGAAAAAUUGAGCUGCACAUUUUUUUAUCCUGCAAGUUAACACAUCAGUGUUGUCACAGUGAGGUAGUAUUCUGUUUCCAUUGUAGAUUUUCCAGUGUAGAUAACUUGCAUACAUUUUCAUAUCCUGCAAAAUGUAAUUGGGCGAAUCCCCAUAAACAAUUUCUGACUUGUAGUGGGUACUCUUAAAGACUUGGAUGUUACUCAUGUGCUUGUAGCAUUGAGUUAUUGUUACAUCUGGAUAGAACAAAAAAAAAAAUCAAACAGUGGCAAUAUUUUGAUCAGUUAUGCUUUACAUCUAAGAUUAAAAAGAUUAUAAAUAUUGGAAUCUGAACCAUUGAGGACAAGAUUUCACAUUGGUGGUGAAACUGAAACUAACACAGUUUUUCCUCACUGUAAAAUAAUGUUUUUUUAAAAUACUUUGUAUGCAAACAAUUUUUUUCUUGAUUUGUGGAACCCCUACAAUUUUGGGCAUUUUAAUGGUUUAUUUUAUGCUGAGUUUUUAAAAAAUAAAUGAAUUAGAAAAAUUAAAUCUAAUAUUAUAGUCAUUGCUGAAGUUGAAGUCAAAGAUCAUUUAAAUAUAUUGCUACAUAUAGUAAAUGGUAAAAUCCAUUUAUAACUUUGAGUGCUUGAGUAAAGUGUUUUAUCAGCACGUCAUGCAUACCACAUCCUGAAUAAGAUAAUGUAGGAAACAUUAACAAGUUACCACUGAGAUACUUUUGAAAAUUUUUUUCAUCAUAGAUGCCACAUGGUGGUUUUGCGAUCUUGUGAGUUCAAAGUGGUGCAUUUAUUCUUGUCACCCUCAUUGUAAUAACUGUUAUAAAUAAGUUUUAAAAAUAAAGUCAUAUUGUGUGGGUCUUGGCUGAAUGCCAUUAAGUUGACUGACUGUUCUUGUGAAUGUGUAUGGCUUUAGGGAGGAAAAAAAAUAUGUGCUGCCAAUUUUUCUUGCAGACAGUAUUUGUUUAUAAUUGAUUCCUUUUGAGUAGAUUAUCGUAGAAUAAUUUUUGUACAUUGCGUUUUUUUUUUGUGUAUUUCUCAUUACACUGUCGAAGUGAAGAAAUCGACUUUGUUAUGUGUGUCGUCAGUGGAUGUGUGUCAUCAGUGGUGGAGGAAAUGUGAUAGUAAAACUAUAACCUUAUCAAUAAGUCUUACAUUCUUGUGGAUAUCCUGUUCAUUAGCACGCACCAACGUAGUUUGCAAGAUGAACAUUUUCGGUGUGGGGCCCGAGGUGACUGUUUCCUGACGCAGCGUUACUGCUGCUUGACUUAAGAUGCUUUGCGAGCUUACCUUCAGAGCACAACCUGAUUAUUUGUUUGUAGGAUGCUUGGUACCGUAUUAGUGCCACCCUUUUUUCGUUCGACAAAAAGUGGUAGAUUUUACAAUUAGCUUGUCAGUUGUGCAUCAACAUACUUUAAUUACUAUGUGACAAAUGGUGCUGAGUAUUUAAAAUACUUUUCAGCACCCGUUUUUUUUUUCUAAGUACAAGCUUUUAAACUGUUAAUAGGCAUGUUACAAUUAAAUAGAUGUAAAAGGUAUGAAACCACCAUUUUAGAAAUAACAGUGUAUAACAAAAUAAUUGGAAUUUUGUAGUUUACAUUUAUUUAUUUAUGUAUUAUAUGUUAUUGUGAAAUAUUUAACAACAGUCCUUCAACUGCCGGUGAGAGCAUAUCCAAGAUUCAUGCUGUUCCAAGUUUUGUAUGUGAUUUACAAUUCUCAUAAAUUAUGCACAUUCUUA